AUGAAUCUCUUUCGGGAGCUUAAGGAAUUUGGUCUUCGCCCUAACGCCUGGACGUAUACUACAGUUAUGAAGUGUUGUUUUAAAGUUGUUGGCGCUUUGUUGAAGUUAGGCAGGAGGCAAGACACUUAUAGCUGUAUUGCACAAAUGGUCAAGAUUGGGUAUGAUCGGGACAUUGUAUCAUGCAACACUAUAUUGUACUGGCAUGUCUGGGAGGGAAGGCUAGAGAAUGCCUAUAGUUUGUUGAAUUUGGCAGCAGAGAGGGGACUGAACUUUGAUGCUUAUACUCAUACCAUGUUGAUUAAUGGAUUAUGCAAAGCUGGAGAUUUUGAUGGCGCCCGGAGGCAUCUAAACCAUAUGAAUAAGAUGGGCUACAAUUGCUUAGUUGCUUCUAAUUGUUUUAUUGAUGGCCUGUGUAAAUUCGGGCAUUUAGAUUACGCACUGAAAGUUUUCAACUCAAUGGAUGUAAAGGAUUCUUGUACAUACUCCUCCCUGAUACACACCCUUUGCAGGAAGCAGAGGUGCCGUCAGGCUGGCGAACUCUUGCUAUCCUGCAUUGAAGCUGGCAUGGAAAUCCUCUUAGGGACAAGAAGCUAUGCAGGGCAGCAUGAGAUGAUGUUCAGCAAUGCCUCUCAGCCACAGAUCCAAGAGAAAGCAACGCAGAGGGGCCACAACAACACAGGCAUGAAACAAGAAAACAAUCCAUCAGGGCACCAAAAAUGA